CGUGAAACGUGACUGAACAUUGUGAACAAGCAACAAGGUAUUCGGUAUUCCUGUUUGUGUUUGUUUCUUCUUUCUUUCUUUUAUCGCGUCAUCGAGUCUGUUCUGCUAAUUUUUGAUUGCUGAUCGUCUUAAAUUAAGAUUGUUGGUCAACAUAUAUCCAUCCAUGGAUAAUAAAAAGAGGAAAUGCUCAAGAGCAUUGUGGUACAAAGCUAAAAAGAAGAGCGAAGAAGAAUUUAGUUAUGUGUUAGAAGUGGAUUCUUCAAAAAACGAUAUUGGUGAAGUGUUUUCCUCUGAAGAUAGCAUUAAUACUGUAAAUAGUGGUAUAGAUGUAAAUAGUGGUAUAGAUGUAAAUAGUUCUGAUUUUAGUAUUGCAGGAUGUAGUAGUUGGUAUGAAGAUGCUAUGAUGCAAAACACUAUGUCAAGUCCAAGUUUUGAUGAUGAAAAAUGUAUGUCACCAAGUAUGCUUAGCCAUGAAUCUUGUGUGAGCUCAGAUCAAGAUGAAACAAUUUCUGUAAAUAAUCGUAGUCCAGAAAUUAAACAUCAUCUUGAAGAAUGCUCAAAUUCUGGGGAAAAAGUUGAAGAUAAUUUUACAUUAGACUCAUUUAAGAACGAACUUUCCAAUUGGUGUAUAAGUGAGAAAAUCCAUCACAAAUCUGUAAAUAGUCUUUUAAAAAUAUUAAAAACUGUUCCAAAUCUUGAUGGUUUGCCAGACGACGUUCGUACUCUACUUAGAACGCCUAGAUGUACUGCAGUUCGGCCCUUAAUGAGUGGACAAUACAUAUAUUUAGGUAUUGAAAAUGGCUUGAAGAGCAUUUUAAAGUCUUUUCAGGUUACUGAUGAUAUAACAGAGCUCAAACUGCUUUUUAAUAUUGAUGGGCUACCUGUAUCUAAAAGUUCAGGUGGUCAAAUGUGGCCACAGCUUGCAAGAAUUCGAUCAAUAAAGAGUUCACCGGUUUUUGUGGUAGGCCUGUAUUAUGGCAAUGAAAAACCUAGUGAUAGCAAUGAGUUCAUGAGAAAAUUGGUAGAAGAGUUGAAUUGUCUAUUUGAAAAUGGUUUUUAUUUUAAUGAUUUAUUUUUUAAAAUAAAUCAUGUUGGGUUUGUGUGUGACAUGCCAGCUAAAGCCUUUGUAUUACAAAUCAAGGGACACACCGGGUUUUACUCGUGUACUCGGUGCACAGUGGAAGGAGAAAGUAUAAAUAACAGAGUGUGCUUUAUAAAUUCAAAUUGCUCAAGUAGGACCCAUGAAAGUUUUUGUUCGGUCAGUCAAGAAGAACAUCACAUUGGUGCAACAGUACUGACAUCGUUGAACCAUGUUGAUUUAAUUUCAAGUUUUAGCUUAGAUUAUAUGCAUUUAGUUUGUUUAGGAGUAGUAAAAAAAAAUUAUACUUUUGUGGCUUAAGGGUGAGCUAAGAUAUCGAUUUCCACAUAGGCAAGUGCAAAACCUAAGUGACAGGCUUGUCUCAUUGAAGAAAUUUAUACCUUCAGAGUUUGGAAGGAAACCUCGGUCUCUUUCUGAGGUUAGCCGUUGGAAAGCAACAGAAUUUCGACAAUUUCUGCUGUACACGAGUAUUGUAGUUUUGCCCCCUUUCUUAUCCUCAGAUAUGAUGACAAACUUUAUAGCUCUACAUAUCUCAUUGAGAAUAUUAUUGAAGGACAACAAUGGACAGAACCAUAUCAUAGACUAUGCUAAGGACUUGCUAAAGUUUUUUGUUGAAGGAUUCGCCCAAAUAUAUGGGAAACAGUUUGUGUCACAGAAUAUUCAUGGCCUUAUUCAUUUGGCAGACGAUGUGUCAACAUUUGGCCCAUUAGAUGAGUGCAGUGCUUUCCCUUUUGAGAGCUACAUGCAAACAAUAAAAAAGUCACUACGGAAGUCUGAGAAGCCACUGCAGCAGUUUGUAAAAAGACUUAAAGAGAAAGAAAAUCUAAUAGGUCAAUCAAAACCAAGUUUGCCACAAAAAAAUUCUCCUACUUUUAAAAAAAGACAUGAAGAUGGACCUCUCUCUUUGUAUUGUCAGGAUCCUCAGUACAAAAAAAUAGUUUUAAAUGAUUUCAACUUGUCAACUGCAGAACAAGAUUCAUGCUGUGGUCUAAAAGACAAAACAAUAGUGAAAGUGAAAAAUUUCUGCUACAAUAAAAAAAUGUGCUGUAUGGUUGUAGUCGGUAGAAUAUUUUCAAUAGUGGGAGAAUUAUAUGAGAAACCUGCACUCUCUUCAAAACUUGACACAUAUGUUGUCAAACUUAAUACAACUCUUAAAUCUUGGCCAGUUAGUGAAAUAGAAAGAAAGUAUGUACAGUUUCCAUAUGGUAAAGACUCUUUUGUGGUAAUUCCAUUGAUACAUUCAAGUGUUUAUUAAAUGUAGGUAAUUUAGGUAGGUAAAGUUAUCAACUGCACAACAAGAUUCGUACUGUGGUCUGAAAGACAAAACCACAAAGGCCAGUUAGUGAAAUAGUGUAAAAUACUGUAAAUAGUGUAAAAUACUGUAAAUAGUGUAAAAUACUGUGAAUAGUGUAAAAUACUGUAAAUAGUGUAAAAUACUGUAAAUAGUGUAAAAUACUGUAAAUAGUGUAAAAUACUGUGAAUAGUGUAAAAUACUGCAAUAAUCGAGGAGUCCGAUCUCACUAGGCAUCAAACCUGCUUCACUGAAAAAACAAACCAAUUCGAUUCAAAAAACAAUAAUAAUGAUCUGAAAGUGUAACCCAUGAAACAUAUAUCUAUCAGAAAUCUUCAACAGAGACAAGUGAGUAGUUCAUUACAUCCCUAUAUCUACAAUCACAUGUUUACCGUAAUUAAUUAAUUUAUUUAUUUAUUCAUAUAUGCACAAAUCAUAAUAAUGAUUGAGAGAGAAACAACAGGCUUAACCCAAAAUUAUUUUUGACCAAAAACACAGUCUAACAAUGUUAAAUGUUUCUGCUCCAAUUUA